AUGGGACGAAAGGGUCGGUGCGGAAGAGUCACGCGUUGUAACACCGGUUAUCGUGAGUGGAAUUGGGAGCCGAACCGGCCGUACAUCCAACGGCUGAUGCACUUCCACGCGGCCCUCAUGUGGUGUUAUAUCUACUGGUCUUUCAGACACAACUGGAGAGAACUCGUCGGUGAAAAUAUUUGGCCGCAAAGGAGUGAGUGGUCGGACCAGUACUUAGGAGUACCACAAGAUGAAGACAUUUGAUGGCAAACCACUCAAUGCUAACUCAUUUGGAGUUACUUUUACUGCUUGUUUCGAGCCAUUAGUGGCUAAUCAUAUAAUUUAGUCGAUAAUAUGUAUAGAAAUUGUAAUUAAAUAUCCAUUUAUUUGAAUAAAAUUGGAUUUAAAUUAAAAUUAAA